ACUUAAAGCCUCUAUUUCUCUUUUUUCUCUGCCGCAUCACACUUUCUUCUUCCUUUCCCAGCACUUGAAAGAAAGUGAGAGAAAAAAAAGGUACCAUCAAAACAUAGAAAGUUAAAUAAAGGCAACAACGACAAAAUAAAAAACCAGUAGCCAUAACCUUUUGGUGUGGUUUUAGGGACAACGGAGAAUGACCAAAUAAGAGAAAGGAUGAAAGCAUGCUUUGUCGGCCAUUAAUGCUUCAACCUCAAAAACGAUCCCUUCAUUCUCAUCAUCACUUAUUCAUUAUUUCCUUUUCACUACGCACUCUCCCCAACAACACAACUUGCACACAGUGCCCAGAAUAUUCAGUUUCUGAUGAUGAUUGAUGAUUGAACAUGGUGUGCAUCUCUUCCUUUCAUUUCUUGAGUGUUUAUUUAUUCUGUUACAGAUCAAAGAUCUGCCACUUUUUAAUGCUAAAAAGGCCAGUGGGUGGGUACAGUAUAUCCUAUUUUUGGCCUAGAGAUUCAUAAACUCAAUGGUUGUUCUCACUUUGCAUCACAAGUUUAGUGCUUGCUGCUUUUGUUAUUAUCCCUUCUUUGAUGAGUGAUGCUACACUUUUGAAAGGUCUCAAAAAUUAAGAUGUCAAAAGGGUAUUCUGUGAUUGUACUCUUACUAUUAUUUUUAUCUCUGAUUCUUUGCACGGCCGAAGGGUUGAACGCAGAGGGGCAAAUCCUCCUAGACCUCAAGAAUGGUUUCCAUGAUAAGAAUAAUCUUUUGCGGAAUUGGAACCCUGCUGAUGAAACUCCAUGUGAAUGGUUAGGCGUAAAUUGCUCUUAUUAUGAAUAUAAUAAUAGUAAAAGUCCAGUUGUCAUGUCCCUUGAUUUGAGUUCAAUGGGUCUUUCUGGAAUUUUAAAUGGUAGUAGCAUUGGAGGUUUGACUCACCUAACUUAUCUCAAUCUUUCUCACAAUAAGUUGAGUGGAAAAAUACCAAAGGAAAUUGGCGAUUGCUUGAAUUUGGAGUAUCUUUACUUGAACAAUAACCAAUUUCAGGGACCAAUUCCUGAUGAACUGGGGAAUUUGUCUCGUUUGAGAAGCUUGAACAUAUGCAACAACAAACUCAAUGGUGUUUUUCCAGAUGAGUUUGGGAACUUGUCUUCAUUGGUUGAAUUGGUAGCCUAUAGCAAUUUUCUUGUUGGUCCCUUGCCUAGUACCAUUGGGAAGCUCAAGAAUCUUGUGACUUUCAGAGCCGGGGCGAAUAACAUUACCGGUUCACUGCCAAAGGAAAUAAGUGGGUGCGCAAGCUUGAUGUAUCUCGGUCUUGCGCAAAAUGAUAUAUCAGGGGAGCUUCCAAGUGAGAUUGGGAUGCUUCAGAAUUUAACAGAAUUGAUUCUAUGGGACAAUCAGUUAUCAGGGCCUAUUCCCAAAGAGAUUGGGAAUUUAACCAAUCUUGAGAUUCUUGCUUUGUAUUGGAAUGAUCUUGUUGGACCUAUACCUCCAGAGAUUGGGAACCUCAAGUCAUUGAAGUUUUUGUAUCUAUACAAAAACAAUCUGAAUGGAACCAUUCCAAGGGAAAUUGGGAACCUUUCUUCUGCUAGGGAAAUUGAUUUCUCAGAGAACUCUUUAGUAGGGUACAUCCCAUCCGAGCUGAGCAAAAUCCGUGGCCUGCGCUUGCUCUUUCUUUUCGAGAACCAUUUAAUUGGUGUCAUACCGGAUGAGCUCAGUAGCUUGAGGAAUCUGUCAAGGCUCGACCUGUCGAUGAAUGGCCUUACCGGCUCGAUUCCUUCAGGAUUUCAAUACUUGACUAAUAUGUCCCAGUUGCAGCUCUUUGACAACAAGUUGAGUGGUGUUAUCCCUCAAGAACUUGGACUUCAUAGUCCUCUUUGGGUGGUUGAUUUCUCUGAUAACAAUUUGACAGGAACAAUACCUCCUCAUCUAUGCUGGAAUUCUCAUUUGAUGUUGUUGAACCUUCAAUCGAACCGGUUUUAUGGAAACAUACCAAGAGGGAUACUCAAGUGCAAGUCAUUAGCGCAGAUGCUUGUAGUUGGAAACAUGCUUACAGGUGGCUUCCCUUCAGAACUCUGCAAACUGCCAAACUUCAUCGCCAUCGAGUUGAACGAAAACAAGUUCAGUGGUCCGAUUCCUCCUGUGAUCGCGAACUGCAGUAAAUUACAAAGGCUUCACAUAGCAAACAAUUACUUCACACUGGAGUUACCUAAGGAAAUUGGAAAUCUUUCUCAGCUGGUGACCUUCAAUGUUUCAUCAAACCACUUCACUGGAACAAUCCCAUCCGAAAUCUUUAGGUGCCAGAAGCUGCAAAGGCUGGAUCUCAGUAAGAACAAGUUUAUUGGUUCCUUGCCCAACAACAUAGGAACACUUGAACAUUUGGAGAUUCUCAAACUCUCUGGCAAUGAACUCUCUGGAAAAAUCCCUGAAGAAAUAGGUAAUCUAUCUCAUUUGAACUGGCUGCAACUGGAUGGCAAUUUGUUUUCCGGCGAAAUUCCGGCUCAGCUCGGUCGCCUCUCGACCUUGCAGAUUGGAAUGGAUCUCAGUUACAAUAAUCUUUCUGGGAGAAUACCAUCUCAGCUCGGUAAUCUCAAUAUGCUUGAGUAUAUCUAUCUCAAUAACAAUCAUUUGGAUGGCGAAAUUCCAAGCUCAUUCGACCAGCUUUCAAGCUUGCUGGGAUGCAAUUUCUCAUACAACAACCUCUCCGGACCAAUACCUUCAGAUAAGAUCUUCCAAAAUAUGGCUGCAAGCAGUUUUCUUGGUGGUAACAACGACCUCUGUGGUAGACCUCUCAAUGAAUGCAACUCCGAUCUGUCUUCUCGUGGUUUUCCUCCGGUUAGACAUGAUGAUUCUCGCCGUGCUAAAAUAGUCAUGAUCGCUGCAGCCACCGUGGGCAGCGUUUCUCUCAUCUUAAUUUUAGUUAUUUUAUAUGUUAUGAGAUGGCCGUUCAAUUCCACGAGUUCCUUGAGAGACACGGAAUCUCCCUGCCUUGAUUCGGAUAUCUAUUUUCCUCCGAAGGACGGCUUCACAUUCCAGGAUCUUGUUGAGGCAACGAAAAGAUUUCAUGAGAGCUAUGUGAUUGGCAGGGGAGCCUGUGGGACGGUUUACAAGGCGGUGAUGAAGUCCGGGAAGACGAUUGCAGUUAAGAAGUUAGCAUCAAACAGGGAAGGGAACAACAUUGAGAAUAGUUUUAGAGCUGAGAUACUGACACUGGGGAAGAUUCGGCAUAGAAACAUUGUGAAGCUUUAUGGAUUCUGCUAUCACCAAGGCUCCAAUCUGCUGCUUUAUGAGUACAUGGAGAGGGGAAGCUUAGGUGAAGUGUUGCAUGGUUCUGCUACCAAUUUGGAGUGGCCAAUUCGGUUCAUGAUUGCUCUUGGUGCUGCUGAGGGUCUUGCCUACUUGCACCAUGAUUGCAAGCCAAAGAUUAUUCACCGGGAUAUAAAAUCUAAUAACAUUCUUCUUGAUGAAAAUUUUGAGGCUCAUGUUGGUGAUUUUGGGUUAGCCAAAGUGAUUGACAUGCCACAAUCAAAAUCCAUGUCUGCAGUUGCUGGAUCUUAUGGCUAUAUUGCUCCUGAAUAUGCAUACACCAUGAAGGUAACAGAAAAGUGUGACAUUUAUAGCUAUGGCGUUGUGCUCUUGGAACUGCUAACAGGUAGAGCACCGGUUCAACCAUUGGAGCAAGGUGGUGAUCUUGUGACAUGGGUUAGAACCCAUAUUCGGAGCCACAACAACGUGUUGACGCAGGGAAUACUCGACAAUCGCAUUGAUCUUGAAGAACAAGUCACUGUGAAUCACAUGCUGACUGUUCUGAAGAUUGCUCUGCUUUGCACAAGCAUGUCUCCUUCUGAGAGGCCUUCGAUGCGCGAAGUCGUGUUGAUGCUUAUCGAGUCGAAUGAACGCGAAGGAAACUUAACGCUCACUCGGACUAACCAUGAUCUUCCUUCCAAAGAUGCCACACAUUAGUUUCUAAAUUCUCAUUUUUCCUAGUAUCGCAGUCAAGAAGAGAAAAUAGAUUAUUCUUGUACAUUCUUUUACUCCAUUGUGCCACUAGUGUUGGAGC